AACCCUCAGUUCUCAUAAAAUCCCCAUUAUUGGAUCCAGAGUAUCUAGACGACAUUAACCAUUACACUACUAACAUAUCGUUGUGGGUCCAUUCAAACAUAACGAAUGCGGACUAAUAUCGCAAAUUAUAGCAUCAUGAACUCACCCUCUAAUUGCAUCACUGCCGUAUUUGUUUUGGACAUUCAAUAGAUGACAUGGCGGCUGCCUACGGGAUAUCAAUGAAACAUCUUUCGUUGAUUGUCUUACUGCUACAGAAUAGCGUUUUGGUUCUAAUGAUGCGUUACUCCCGAGUCUCGGUGGAUCCAGAUCAACCUAUGUACCUUGCCUCAACUGCCGUUUUUAUUGCAGAGAUUAUCAAGCUUUGCACUUGUUUCAUAAUACUUGUCUUCAAAGCAAAGUCAAUCACUCAUACCACCUACAUUAUCCAAAAGGAAAUUUUGGAACAACCUCAGGAGAUUCUCAAGAUGCUGGUACCAUCGGGAUUGUAUGCGCUACAGAACAAUCUUCUUUACAUUGCCUUGUCUAAUCUAGAGGCAGCCACCUUUCAAGUUACCUAUCAGAUGAAAAUCCUUUCCACUGCUAUGUUUUCGGUUGCGAUGCUCAAUAAGCGGCUAACGCGGCAAAAAUGGCUUUCGCUUUGCUUGUUAAUGGUUGGAGUUACAUUGGUACAACUGCAGAACGUGGGCUCUGGGAAAAACUCAGCGAUAACCGACACUUCUGGAGACGGUGGAGCUGAAUCUGAGUAUCUUGACGCUAUAGCAAGCGAUCACAGGAACAAGACCAGCGGCUCUCUAAGCAGUGCCUUUGGAGAAGAUGAGAUAAUUACCAGUCAGAACCCUAUAGUUGGGCUACUGGCCGUAUUGACAUCUUGUGUUUCUUCUGGUUUUGCAGGUUGCUAUUUUGAAAGGAUUUUAAAGGGCAGUGAAUCCGACAUGUGGGUGCGCAACUUGCAACUCGGGAUUUCAGGAUCGAUGUUCAGUUUCCUAGCAAUGUUUUAUGAUCGGGAGAAAAUCUAUGAGGGUGGUAUACUCCAGGGGUACUCUGCUAUUACAUGGAUGGUCAUCGUCAAUCAAGCAUUAGGAGGCUUGCUGGUUGCAAUCGUAGUCAAGUAUGCGGAUAAUAUUCUGAAGGGCUUCGCAACAUCUUUGUCAAUUAUCGUCUCAGGUAUAAUCUCCGUUUAUUUCUUUGAUUUCGAACCAUCGAUUCAAUUUCAGCUUGGAACACUUGUGGUAAUCUUAGCAACAUUCCUGUAUGGACGACCGGAUGCACCUGUUCCUGGGUUUAUACGCCCUAGGAAAAAGAGGCAAAGCAUGCCGCCGCCUUUGAGGUAUGCGUCAUAAAAGGAUGCUAACAAGCUGGCCAAAUGGGUUUCCAUAAGGCAACUCGGAAUUUUCGGAUUAUGCUUGAUAUGGGUUGGCAAGUCAAGAGAUCACGAACCUAUUAUCUUGAAUUGCUAAUUGGCGACCUCUUUUUUCAUAUUACUGCUUUUUAUGGGAG